AUGUCUGCCUCAUUUACAUGUUCAAAUCUUGUAAACUUCUACCUUAAGAAAAUUAGAGGAUUAAGAUUAUUGCUCAUUGGUUUAAGUAAGAACAAUCAUAAAGAAAUUAUGCGAGAGAACAAUUAUAUUAAGAUUCAACCCAAGAUAGAUUAUAAUUUGAUGAGUUCUUUAAGCUUCAUUAAUGGCGGAUUUACAUUGCUCAUGUUUUCAAUUGGGAAAGAUAAGGAUGCAUACGAAGCACAUAGCAACGCCAUUUGCUUGUAUGUAGGCAUUUCAACUCAAACAAUAGAAGAGCUUAAGAAGCUAUACAUGUCACAUGCACGAGUAACGGGUUUUAGCAUUAAAAAAUACAACCAAAGAACAAGAAAUGAUAUUGUUGUAGAGAGUUACUAUGUGUGUUCAUGUGAAGGUAAAACACACCAUGUAGAUCCUUCAACUCAAGCACUAGAAAAUCCAAAAAAGUCAAAAAAGAUGAAACUCAUCCCAACAACAAGAUAUGAUUUUAAGCACAUCAUCUUGCACACACAUGAGCUUACAAGGGCUGAAUGGCAGCACCUUCAUCGUUCUGAAAGGCAAGUAUCAGUUGUAGAGAAGAUUGAUACCAUUAAAUCAUUUGAAGAGGCAAGCAUCAGACCAACCACUGCUUAUAGAUAUUUGUCUCAAGAUGUAGGAGGUGAUGAGUACUUAGGGCAUACACUAUCCGACCAUAUAAACUAUGUAAAUCGGUUGAAGAUGAAAGCAGUAGAAGAGGAUGAUGCUCAUACGGUAAUUGACAAGCUGAUAAAAGAAUCAAAAAAAAAGGAUCCCAAUUUUUACUAUCGUGUAAAAUUGAAUGAACAAGGACAACUUAUAACUUUAUUCUGGAGUGAUAGUAUGAUGAUGGAGGACUACAAAAUUUACGGAGAUGUGGUCAUAUUUGACACAACCUACCGCACCAAUAGCUAUAAUCUCAUAUGUGGUCUUAUAGUGGGGAUUAAUAAUUAUUGGAAAACUGUUAUGUUUGGGUGUGCAUUUAUCGCCGACGAAAAAGUGGAAUCAUUUGAAUGGGUUCUUGGUCAAUUUAAGAAAGUUAUGAACAAUAAAUCCCCAAUGUCAAUCUUCACUGAUCAAGACUUUGCGAUGUCAAAAGCAAUUGAAAAGGUGAAAAAUAUUUGGUCUUGUUUUUUCGGAUACAAACAUAGAUUAUGCUUGUUGCACUUACUAAAAAAUGCAGUUUCACGAUUUGGAUCGUUGAAGUCAAAUGCAGGCUUCAAGGAAGCAUUUCAUAGAUGCUUGAUGGGAUGA